AUCUUAAUCCCAUCUCACCCAUAUCUGGUUCGUCCGCACAAACCAAACCAGACGAAACCAGAAUUCGCUGCUAUGGGGAAGUAAUAUGGGCGGCAGUCCCGUCGUCACCAAAAUCCGUUGCGCAAUACGAGUCAAUCAUCAUCAGCUCCUCGGUUGCCCUCGUCAGUCAGUCUCGUCCAAACGCUCCUCGACCUGCCUCCUCACGGGAUCAAAUUCGGGCCAGCGCGGGAUCAGCCAGGCAUAUGGAAAUUAAUCGCCAGUCCAAUACCACCGCCGAGAAUCCUAAAGGGGAACGCAGCUUGUCCACCAAUAUUGCGAGAUUGAAUUUUGCUCAACGCCUGCGAUGGUGGAGAGGUGGAAAAGGUCGAAAGAGGUCGGUGGUGGCCGCAGGUGUGGUGGGCGUCGAUGGUGUUGCAGCACAACGAAUCACGACGGGAGACAUGCAGGCAGUGAUCGACGCCUGGGUGCUCGGGAGUGUCAGGUCAUUCUCACCUCACAUUACUGGCCAGAUGCACUAACAAGGAGCCCCGUACCGCCACUGGACAGGGCUUCUCGGCCACGCUCCCGAGAGCAGCAGCCUGACCCCCUUUUCACUAGCAGACUACGACCGAAGCAGUUGAUUGAUUUCCAGAAGGGCAGAAGGGCAGCACGCAGCCUGGGGCGGCACUUUCACCGCUGUUGUGCUCUCCGAUCUCUGUCUCUGCUCUCUUUCGUCCUUUUGCUGCUGGCACUUCUCAUCUUGCAUUCGGCCUGGAGGUCCCUGCAUUGCGUCGCAUCACAUCUCGAGCAGCCCGCAUCGCAUCUUUGCAUCUGGCAGACGGCACUAGUCCAGCGACUGGAAGGCGAGGCGCGGCCACAGCAGUUCGUCACCGCCAGGGUGCGCGACGCUGCUUUCGAUCAUCAUGCUGCUCGCUGCAUCUUCGUCAUUGGUCCUGGAUCUUCUGGCACGCAGGGGUUAUCGUGAGCUUCGACUUGUCAUGGAUCCAGCCCAGCAAUGCCGAUGAAGAACGAACGAACGGCCUGGAGCCGGAGAUAGCGCGCUUUUCC